UAAAAAAGGAGGAGGGACAUUUACGUCAAUUGAGAUUGUCAUCAGACCCUUUUUGAAAGCAAAAAGAUAGCGGUAAUGCGUUUCAGAGAUCUCUUUCCUCUGUUUGAAUUAACUAUAUAGAUUCCAUUACAGCGAAGCUUCUAAUUGUGGGUUCUCCUGUAACAGCACAUUUUGUUUUCUUAUAUUUCGAUCUGGUUCUUAUUCUGGUAGACUAGUUUAUGCAGUAUCUAGAGCUUACAGCUAGAUGUGGAGGUUUAACAGCUACCACAGAGCCCUGUACUUGCUUUCGGAAUAUUCUCUGUGUUUCAGAAAUGGUGGGGAAGACAAUACCUUACUUGCUUCUGACCGUUUUAGACUAACCCAGAAAAGAAGCAGACUUUGAGGAAAGAGGAGUGUGUUGGGUACUUGUUAUAGACUAUUUCUUUGAGAUCUGAAACUCUAGGACUGUGAAAGUCUGAAAGAUGUUCAGGACAUGGAGCAAGAAGAAGAAGAUAAAGGCCAUAUUCCAAUUGCAGUUUCAGGCAACAGAGGUGCCAAAGUUGAAGAAGGCUGCGUUGAUGAUCUCUCUGGUGCCAGACGACGUGGGGAAGCCGACGGUGAAAUUGCCGAAGACUAAGGUUGAGGAUGGGACCUGUACAUGGGAAAAUCCAGUUUAUGAAUCAGUGAAGCUCGUGGAGGAAUCGAAAUCAGGGAAACUGAAAGAGAAGAUUUACCACUUCAUUGUUUCCACUGGAACUUCGAAAUCUGGUUAUCUAGGAGAAGCUUCAAUUGAUUUUGCAGAUUUUGUGGCAGAAGCUGAACCCUUAACUGUCACUCUGCCACUUAAAUUUGCGAAUUCUGGUGUAGUUUUACAUGUGACGAUUCUCAGGGUGCAGGAAGAUGGUGAUUAUAGAGAAACUGAAGACAUUGAGGAUCCUAGUCUUUCACGCCAUAGCAGUGUGGACAUCCAGAACAGCAAUUGGGAUACAGAUGGAAGCAACCACCUAAGUUAUACUGAAAAUGGAGCUUUUGAUAGAAGAAGCAAUGGCGCCAGUUCGGUAUCACCCCACGAAAAAGACUCCAUGCCUCGAAACGGAAAGAGUGGUACCACUGCAGCAACAAAAUUAACCUUGGAUUGGUCGUCAGAUGAAAGCUCAUUUGACUCACCAACUAGAGUUGAAGACAAGCCUCCAACGAAAAGAAUGAAAGAUGUUUCAGGUGAUCCCAUUGAGAACCUAAGAAAGGAAAAUGCAAUGCUGUUGAGGCAGGCAGACAUAUCAGAACUGGAAGUACAGUCUCUCCGAAAGCAAGUGGCAAAAGAGAGCAGCCAGGGACAAAAUCUUUCAAGACAGAUAAUUAGCCUUAAAGAGGAGAGAGACGCGCUCAAAUUAGAAUGUCAACAACUAAACUCAUCGCGGGGACGUGUUGAGGAGGUACAUGCCUCCCGAAAAUUGCAGCCCGCGGACAAAGAUACAAGAGUGCAGUUAGAAGCAAUGAAGCAAGAGCUUAGUCGUGAGAAGAAAGUAAGAGACAAUCUUCACUCGCAAUUGCACACAACGCAAGACUCAAAUUCUGAGUUAGUCCUUGUGGUGAAGGAUCUUGAGGAUUUGUUGGAGAAGAAAAAUAAGGAAAUUUCUGAUCUUUCAAGCAAGUUAGAAACUGAAAAGAAUUCCAAACUAAUGGGGAAAUUUUCCAUACAUGACACAGAUGAGGAUGACACCCAUAAUUCACUGGAAACUAAGAAGCAGACACAUGCCCAGGAGGUAGAGUCAUUGAAGCAGAAGCUCCGAGAACUUUUGACUGAAAUGGACACACACGAGAAGGAGAGGGAAGAACAAGAUGCGCAUAUUAAACGUCUCACCUUGGACUAUGACCUUUUGAAGAAGAAAAACUAUGACCUUUCUCUGAAGUUGGAUCGAAACCAGGGAAAGCUACGAACAGAGAUGGAAAAUGAGCGUGCAGGUUAUAUUGCAACCAUAAAAGAACUUGAAUCUCAAGUGAAGAGAUCAGAAGAAACAAUUGAGAAGCAAGCUCAUGAAUUCGCAGAAUGUUUGAUCUCAAUUCAGGAACUGGAAAAUGAGGUCAAGUGUUUGGAGAUGGAACUGGAGAAGCAGGCCAAGGGAUUUGAAGAUAAACUGGAGGAUCUGGCGUAUGCCAAAAAUGAGCAAGAACACAGAGCCACCGAAGCAGAAGAAGCAUUGAGAAAGACAAGGGAGAACAGUGCUGCUACGGCUGAGCGUCUACAAGAUGAAUUAAGAAAGCUUUCUGUGGAAACGACAUCUAAGGUUGAUGAGAAUGAGAAGCAGACCACCAAAGCACGGGCAGAGGCUAAUGACCUUCGCGUGCAGAACAGGGUUCUGGAUGAGAUGCUUCAGAAAUCCAAUGAACGGUUAGAACUUAUCAAGGUCCAGAUUGAUGUGAAAGCAAAGCAUGUAGAGGAGAUCUCCUCAGAACUAGAAAACAAGAAGAAGCAGCUUGAAUGUGCCGAACUGCAUAAGGAAGAAAAGCAUGAAGCUCUCACAAUGAAAAUACAAAUGCUCAAAGCUGAGAUAGAAAGGCUCACAGAAGAGAACUCUAACGUUACAAAACAAGAGGAAGAAAAAUUAAGAGGAGAUUUGGAUCAAAUGAAGAAACUAAUUGCUGAAAAUCAUUUGCUCAUCCAGAAUUUGAAUGUUGAAAAGCAUAAUUUGGAGAGAAGAUUUGCUUCAUCAAAGCAGGAAUCAUUGAAAAUGCAUGAAGAGCUUACUAACAUGAGAUCCUUGAAAGAUGAGAAGGAGACAACAAUCACUCAUCUCAAGUCAGAAGUAGACAAGUUGCGGACCCAGUACAAUGAGUCAGAGAACACAUUGCGUAAGGAAGCAUUGGAAAAGGAAAACCUGAGUAAGCAAAUACUUCAAUUACAGGCUGGGUUAAAGAAGGAAGGAAGAAUCAGCACUGCAGAGAAGAAGCUUAAAAAAUACAAUGGACAAGCUGCUAUAUCUAGUAAUAACCAAAGGAAGUCUGAAGAUUCAUCGGAGAGGGAGCAUAAUCAUAAGGACUUGCUGACGGAGUUGACACUACUGAAAGAAAGAAACGCAUCCAUGGAAAAAGAACUGAAGGAGAUGGAAGAGAGAUAUUCAGAGGUAAGUCUCAGAUUUGCAGAGGUUGAAGGUGAAAGACAACAACUUGUCAUGACUGUGCGUAACCUCAGAAGCAAUAAAAGGAACUAGCACACUGAGCUGUUUCACUUAGGUUUGUACAGAAUGCAUAGUGAAGCAGGUUACGUUGAGGUGCUGAGCACUGGAGCAAAAAUACAGGUGGGACUAUACAGAGACGAUUGUCAAGAAACAUGUAUACGAAUUAGACAAUUCUUCCUCAUGGCUCUCCAAUCAAAUGUAAUACAGAAUCACCGGAAAUAAAAUCUAGCAAAUUAGUACAUUACUUUGUAUCAAGCUAGCUCUACUCAUUUAAUUAUGAUAACUUGUUCG